UUGCGUGUCAUCUUCCCUCUUCGCCCUUUACAUUCACUGAGUUCACUGAGUCACCUCCUUCCACCUCCUCCUCGUGUAGAGCAUUGUAGGUGAUUGUAAGGUGUAGGGUCAGACUGACCCGGUCAAUUGCCAUUCGUGACAGUACUUAUAGAUGACAGUCAAUUGCAGAGAAAUCGGAAUACAACACCGCGUUGCAGAGCCGUAAUUCGUUGUAGAAGAAUUGCUGAAGCAGUGGAAAUAUUUUUUUAUUUCAGACCAUGAAUUCAAGAUUCGAUGUCUUACGAAUACCGGACUGUGUCAUUCUGUAAGUGCAAGAAGAUGCAAAACUGUCGUUGCGGGGAGGACUACGGUAAAGAGUGCGACCGUCUUAUGCUACUUGAGAUUCCUCAUCUUUCAGAACAAUUCUAUGAGUGGGUAUGGGACAAAGAUAAUGCCACAACUGGUACCAUUUUUUCGGAACAAGACUUGGAAGUUACAUUUCACAGUGGGUUCAGUAAUGGUACAUCAGCAGUUAGGGGCACCAAACUGCUAGAGAAAGGGAGACAUCAUUAUUGGGAAGUUAAAAUACUUACCCCUGUUUAUGGAACAGACACUAUGGUUGGUGUUGGUACAGGUAAAGUGGACAUGAAUAGUGCCAAAAGUAGUUUCUGUUCAUUCCUUGGACUUAACAGGGAAUCUUAUGGCUUUUCUUAUCAAGGGUGUAUACAAUAUGGUGGUAGAACAUGCAAGUAUGGUUCUAGCUUCGAGCAAGGUACCUUGGUUGGGGUACACUUGAAUACAUGGAAGGGUACUUUGGAAUUUUUUCUUAAUAGAAAAUCUCUUGGCAUUGCCUUUAAUGGAUUAAGGGAUACAAUGUUAUAUCCCAUGAUGUGCUCUACAUCUGCACAGACUAAAAUGAGAUUGACUCAUUGCAGUUCUAUGCCUGUGUCAUUGCAAACCGAAUGCUUAGCAGUAUUAAGACCAUCCCAAAGAGAAUAUAUAUCAAGGACAUUCCCUGGACUUCGUCAUAUUUCUGAAAGCGCCUUUGCAGACAUAUUAAAUAUAGAAUCAAAAGACGAUGACGAUUAUGACUUGAACAUCCUUAUAGACCACAUGAUUUCCAAAAAAAGGAAGAGAAAGUAAACUUCAAUUAUAAGGAGGGCACAUGUCUUCUUACAUUCUUAUGUUCGUAAUUUAAUAUUUUAUACGUUUUAAUUACUCUACUUAUAUUUCACAUUUAUAUGUAAUAUAUGUAAAUAUUGAAAAUAGUGUUAUUUAACACUCGGAGCACAACUCCCGGGUCUAUUCGGACUUACGGUUUUAUUUUUUUAUUCCUAUUAUUGAUCAUUAUUAUUCGUAUUAUGACUUGUCAAAUUUAAAAACAAUAACCAUUCUAAGCAGAAAACAUCUCAUACCAGCGUACGUUAGGGUCCGAACGGACACAGCCACACUGCUUGCGCUGUUAUAAUAAAGUUCUUUGGUUUUUUACAUGAAA